AUGCCUGAACCCGCCAAGUCAGCUCCAGCCCCGAAGAAGGGCUCCAAGAAGGCUAUGACCAAAGCACAGAAAAAAGACGGGAAAAAGCACAAGCGCAGCCGCAAGGAAAGCUAUUCCAUCUAUGUGUACAAGGUGUUGAAGCAGGUGCACCCCGACACGGGCAUCUUCUCCAAAGCCAUGGGCAUCAUGAACUCCUUCGUUAAUGACAUCUUUGAGCGUAUCGCUGGCGAGACAUCCCGCCUGGCACCUUACAACAAGCGCUCCACUAUCACGUCCCGGGAGAUCCAGACGGCUGUACGCCUGCUGCUGCCUGGGGAGCUGGCCAAGCACGCAGUGUCUGAAGGUACUAAAGCAGUCACCAAGUAUACCAGCUCUAAGUAACCACUUAACUCCUAAAACCUUAAAAAUCACAACCCCAAGGGCUCUUUUUAGAACCACCUAUACUUUCGGA